AACUGAGCACAUUCCUCGACACGCUCGGGGUCGUCGACGGUGAAGGCCUUCAUCCCAAGGCAAUCGUUCCCGUCUUCCAGUUUUUCCACGCUCGCGGGUUCAACUACGACGUCCAGUCCUACAAGGACGGUAUCGAGCUCGAACGCCGCACGAAGUGCGUGGCCAGCGACAUUAUCAAGCACUGUGUCGACGGCGUGUACCAUGUGAUCACACACGAGGAGUUCUACCGAGCCGAGGGCAGCACCGCGCCGCGCGGAUCGACGCCCAUGUACCACAUCAUGUGCGUUAUCGCCAAGCGCAACGCGGCAGUCCAGUACUUUGACAACAAACGUUGGCACAAACUCACGCCUGCUGCGAUCCCGAAGGGCACGACCUUGAGUCGCAUACGCAAGGUCAAUCCCGUCUUCGAGAUUUCCGACGACGAGUAG